UCACUAUUGACAAAAAAACGUAAACAAAGCAAAAAUCUACAAAUAUUGACGGAAAAAUGGAUUCAAUUUGGUGGCUAUCGAUGUCCUAGCCAAGCGCUCCCACCCAACCAUGGGUGCCCUCGAGAUGCUGCAGGGCACCACCCAUUCUCAGUCGGCAGGACUUUCACUGGGAAAGUUUACUCACACAUUGUGGGUUUUACAAAGGUUUAAUAAAUAUCCCUUUAAGACCGAAACCUGGCCGCCGUCUCAAAUAUUUACGCGGUCAAAGCAGAGGAUUUGUUUUGCUGGAAAAGGGUACAGGCGCCGCGGAAACUAUGCUCUACCAGUCAUGUAGUGGUAGAGCUCGCAUGGAAACGCGGCCAUCAAAGGAACAUACGCGAUGCGGGUGUGUAUGGUCACCUAAUCCUGAGGAGCUCCAAGGGAAAAGAAGGAACAGGCCAAAAAGGUAGGGAUGUUAUGUAUGGCGAAGUUCCGCAGACAUCAAUGAACUCCCAAGUAAAUAUUCCGGGGCCCUUUCUAUUGGGACCUCGGCUGCCUUUAUAAAUGAUUAAUAUUAAAUACCGAACUACUAUAUAUCUUUAACAUCACUCACUAUUUAAUUUUAAGCACAAAAAAAAUGUAUAGUAUCACUUCUAGCUGCAUCUGCCUGGUUGGACAGUAUGGCCGCGACUAUCUCGAUAUCUGCUGAUCAUCGUUCAUACCCCCCGCCAUAUUACAUGGCCUCUCUCAAAACUGGGUCAUUGGAUACAUGGUCCAUUCAAAUGGCCAAAUCGCCCGCCAGACUCAUCCCGCUGCUGCAACUAUCGCCCUAUCGACCUAACGUAUCGAUAAAGUCCCUCCCAUCCGACUCCAACUGCAACAACUUACUUCAAAAAUGAUUAUUAAUUUUAAAGGUAAACUGAAUGUAAAGUAUAGCCAUAACCGAUGACAAAUAUGAACCGUAUACACUAUUGCAUUUCUUAAGCAUCGAGGUCCUGAUCAAGUUUCUGCCCGUUUAAAAUUUAAGAACCUCGGGAUAGGAGCUAUUUAAAAAUAAAUAGUAAGAUAAAUAGAUUCAAACGUUUAGUUCUUUUGGCUGCUGUGUAGCUCAGUAAUUAAGACACUUAUAAGUAUAUUCGCUUCUCUCGCCCAAAAGCUUUCGUUUAAGCUCAGCUUAAGUUUUCGGUAGACGCAACUAAUUAGAGUCAACGAUAUCGAGCUUCGGCCGGCCACCGGAUUUACAUUUAUUUAUUGGGCAAUAUUUAAAAUGAUAAAUUAGGCACAUAUGCAAAUACAAAGAGCCUGCCAACCAUAUAUUAUUUUAUAUUUUAAUCAUUUCAUUCUUGGCAUUCAACAAACAUAAUUGGCGUACGUUUGCUCUGCAUAAAUUGGAUAUUUUACUUUUAUUUUCCGUGGUAUAUGGUUAGCUAAUUGGUUAAUUAAGUGACCCCUGAGCAGAAAGUAUCGACGAAAAUACAUUUUUAUGCAAGCCAAGUCAUUUUGGUCGAAUUGGAUGUUUGUUGCUGUGUGAAUUUUUUUAAAUGGCAUUAUUAAAUCGGAUUACGCCUCUUCUGCAGGUCAUCUGCUUCUUCUUUUUCGUAAAAAUAGCAACUGAUAUUGGUAGUUUAAAGUAGGCUAAGCAAAUUCGCGAUACCUUUUGAAUAGAUUUCGCUUUGGGAGAAAUAGCUUUCAGGUGCUGCAUUUAUGCAUUAGAAAUUGGACAAUGGCAGGGGCUUCGAUUAGUAAAAAGAAAAAUAAACAAAAAGCUAAUACGGGAUGUCUGAAGGUUGUACACGAUAAAAAAUAAGCCUUGACACCUGUGACAUAUUAAAUUACAACGAAUUUAUCAAACAUUUAAAAAUUAAGUUUUAGCGCUGGUAACAAAUUGAUUUACUUGUUUAUUUAUAGAUUAUUUUUUUUAACAAAUUUUGUAUUCUCUUCGGGAUAAAAUAUAUUAAUAUUUUUGAUUUAAAUAUAAAAUGAUAUACAAAAUGUUGGUAAAAAUCGACAGAUUUAGUUUGGCUGUCGAAACUUUCAUUGUAUUUUUAUUGGGAGUGGAAAAAGUGUCAUCUCACUAUUGAGCAAAAUAUGUGAAAAAUCCCAAAUACAAAUUCGGGCAUUAAAAAAACUAUUCAACUGCAGCUUGGUUGCCUUACAUGUGACCUAUAACUAAAGUUUACCCAAAUAAUAUCAAUAAAUAACAUGCCAUGUUUCGGUACAUCUUUCGAUCUCACUAUUUUCAAGUUUACUAAGGCUAAGGCCGAGCUGGGCAUCCUUGAGCGCUUGGUCAGGCGUGUAGUUAAACCAUUAGCACCGGCUAAUAGUUAAAUACAAACAAAUUUCCGCUAACUGCAGUCGCGUAGAUCAGUUGACCUUUGACAUUAGCCGGCGGAGGCCCUUUAAUCGCUGCGUGGCCAUCUGCCUCGCAUGCAAAUGAGUGUUGGCGUGUCCCGUGGACGUGGACGCUCAAUCCAGUCGCCUGUCCCAUUGACAUUGCCAAACCCAUUCAAAUCUCCCGAUAACGAAGAGCGGUUGCCGGCGAACAGCCACGCUUUUAACCCCUAGUUGGGCAUAUUAUCUCUUCUUACUACGGUUAUCAUCUUAAUUUCAAUGUUUAAUAAAUAAGUGCGGAAAUUUGAUUAAUUUCUUUAAAUUCACUGAAUUAUAAUCACAAGGAAAAGCUUGUUAUUUAAUUAUUAUUAUUUAUUUAACAUUUCCCAUCCUAAUUUCAAGAAGUAACUAUAAACCGGUUUCUAUAAACCUCAUAAAGAGAAGCACUUGGUCUGAGCUUGAGUCUGGACAAAUUAAAAGGGUCAAGGUCAUUUAUCUUAAGGCUGAGAUAAGCAAUUAACUUCUGAGAAAGGAAAAAAUAUGAACGUUUUUUCUGUAGGUUGUUGUAUAUUCUAUAUUCAAAUAUUAAAAAAAUUUCAAUUGCAGAUUUGAGUACCAUAACUAUUUAAAUACGGAAAGUAUACAAAAUAAAAUAAAACAUAUGUAAAACCUAACGACAGUUUUAUAACAUUGCAAGAUAUUUUAAAUGUUCUGAUACAAACUGAAGCUUUAAUUGAUUCAGUUCGCCCCACACCCAUCGCAGGGUUAACGAUCACCACUUCACUCUCUUCAUAACUAGCUGCCUUUUCUUUGACAAAAAGAAGCGCAGACCCUCACCGAAGACACGAAGACAGGUGAACAGCUGGCCCAAUCUUUUUGGGCUCUGUCUUUCGGUAUAAAAGUGCCGGCCCAUCUGCAGUUGGUCAUCAUUCAGCUUGAGCGUCUUGCGACCAGAGCUUACCAAAAGCAAAUCCAACGAACUUCAAAAGCCCCAUCAACAAAUCAACAACAAUGAAACUCUUCGUCUUCGCUGUGUGCGCCAUCGCCGUGGCCUCCGCCGAUGUGUCCCACCUGAACCUGGGCAGUGGCUACAGCUACAACAGGCCGACGCCGACCUUCAACAUCCCCUCGGCUCCCGCUCCGGCUUACCUGCCUCCUGUCCAGGACAUCCCAGCACCUGCUCCUGUUUACUCCGCUCCUGCUGCUCCUGUUUACUCUGCUCCACCACCUGCUCCAGUCUACUCUGCUCCACCACCUGCUCCAGUCUACUCUGCUCCAGCACCUGCUCCUCUUCCCGAGUACCUGCCCCCUGUCCAGGACAUCCCAGCACCUGCUCCUGUUUACUCCGCUCCUGCUGCUCCUGUUUACUCUGCUCCACCACCUGCUCCAGUCUACUCUGCUCCAGCACCAGCUCCAGUCUACUCUGCUCCAGCACCAGCUCCUGAGUACCUGCCCCCUGUCCAGGACAUCCCAGCACCUGCUCCUGUUUACUCUGCUCCUGCUGCUCCUGUUUACUCUGCUCCACCACCUGCUCCAGUCUACUCUGCUCCAGCACCUGCUCCUCUUCCCGAGUACCUGCCCCCUGUCCAGGACAUCCCAGCACCUGCUCCUGUUUACUCCGCUCCUGCUGCUCCUGUUUACUCUGCUCCACCACCUGCUCCAGUCUACUCUGCUCCAGCACCAGCUCCAGUGUACUCUGCUCCAGCACCAGCUCCUGAGUACCUGCCCCCUGUCCAGGACAUCCCAGCACCUGCUCCUGUUUACUCCGCUCCUGCUGCUCCUGUUUACUCUGCUCCACCACCUGCUCCCGUGGAUUCGGGCUACCAGUACAAUGUGCCUGCCAAGCGUUUCCGCUUCUAAAGUGGGCCACAGGUGGACCCAAGGAACGCCACAGCCAUUCGCGUGGCGACGACUUGUUAAAUUAACAAGCCAAGUCGCCCAUUGUUGUUGAAUAUUUGUUGUUACGGAAAGUUCCCGUUGAGAUUUUAGCUAAUA